AUGGAGGACCUGUACAGCCGGUACAAGAAGCUGCAGCAGGAGCUGGAGUUCCUGGAGGUGCAGGAGGAGUACAUCAAGGACGAGCAGAGGAACCUGAAGAAGGAGUUCCUGCACGCGCAGGAGGAGGUGAAGAGGAUCCAGAGCAUCCCCCUGGUGAUCGGGCAGUUCCUGGAGGCCGUGGACCAGAACACGGCCAUCGUGGGCUCCACCACAGGUUCCAACUACUACGUCCGCAUCCUGAGCACCAUCGACCGCGAGCUGCUGAAGCCCAACGCCUCGGUGGCCCUGCACAAGCACAGCAACGCCCUGGUGGACGUCCUGCCGCCCGAGGCCGACAGCAGCAUCAUGAUGCUGACCUCAGACCAGAAGCCGGACGUUGUCUACGCCGACAUCGGUGGCAUGGACAUCCAGAAGCAGGAGGUGCGCGAGGCCGUGGAGCUGCCCCUCACCCACUUCGAGCUCUACAAACAGAUCGGCAUUGACCCACCACGGGGUGUCCUCAUGUACGGCCCCCCCGGCUGCGGCAAGACCAUGCUGGCCAAGGCGGUGGCCCACCACACCACAGCCGCCUUCAUCCGCGUGGUGGGCUCGGAGUUCGUGCAGAAGUACCUGGGCGAGGGACCACGGAUGGUGCGCGACGUCUUCCGCCUGGCCAAGGAGAACGCGCCCGCCAUCAUCUUCAUCGACGAGAUCGACGCCAUCGCCACCAAGCGCUUCGACGCCCAGACCGGGGCCGACCGCGAGGUCCAACGGAUCCUCCUGGAGCUGCUCAACCAGAUGGACGGCUUCGACCAGAACGUCAACGUCAAGGUGAUCAUGGCCACCAACCGCGCGGACACGCUGGACCCGGCGCUGCUGCGGCCGGGCCGGCUGGACCGGAAGAUCGAGUUCCCGCUGCCCGACCGGCGCCAGAAGCGCCUGAUCUUCUCCACCAUCACCGGCAAGAUGAACCUGUCCGAGGAGGUGGACCUGGAGGAUUAUGUGGCGAGGCCGGACAAGAUCUCGGGGGCCGACAUCAACUCCAUCUGCCAGGAGGGUGGCAUGCUGGCCGUCAGGGAGAACAGGUACAUCGUGCUGGCCAAGGAUUUCGAGAAGGCGUACAAAACCGUCAUCAAGAAGGACGAGCAGGAGCACGAGUUCUACAAGUGACACCUUGGGGACAUCCUGGGGACACCCUGGGGACACCUGGGGACAC